CAAGAUGAUUAUUCGCUACAAACAUAGGGAGUCAACAAGGCGAUUUCUGGCAACAAAGCACUGUCUAAAUGAAAGCGUAGGGUCAUAUUCGUCAUUUGCGAAUCAGAAAUCCACAUUUUUCGUCUCUAUCUACCAAAAACGAAUUAACAGUACCGUGAAACAGGGUGUUCAGAGAGAGAAAUGGGUGAGACUGAUUCGAGUUCUUCUUCAAUUUGGAAAGAAAUUGAACAAUCUGAGAGCUACUUAGUUUGUUCCAUGUAUAAAGAGGCAGCGACUUUAGCUUCUUCAAUUGUAAGACAAUUAAAAGGCAGCAACAUCUCUGAUAAUAGUGAAGCUUUUGAUGAGAAUGAGUUGUUUGACAUGUUGGAAUCAGCUGGAAUGGUGUUUGUUCAGGCUUUGAAUCAACUUGGCAGGACAUCAGCUAUUUUAAACGAGCUUAAAGUGCUGUUUGUUUCUGCUACAGCUAUUCCUGUUCAAGUUCUUCUCACAGGGGCAUGUUUUCAGAUAUCAGGAGCUUCUUCUGCUGGUGUCCGAGAGUUUCUUGAGGAGUUCCUCAGCAGCUGGAGUUUAGUGGAUGGACAACACUAUGUUCUUGUUGGUGCAGAAGUAGAUGUUGAUGUCCAGGAUGGAUGUGACAGGAGGUGUAUUUUGGAAGUUGACAAGUAUAUGGAGGUUGUUGAAGUCUAUGCUGUGACACUUCUUGGCACGACUCUGAAGGACAUGGAUAGUGCAAUCUCAUGGGUCGAGAAAUCUGCAUUACCUGAGAAAAGACGACAGGUACUUUUGAGGCGACUACACUCUCUAUAUUCUCUCAAAACCAUCAAUUCAUCACAAGUCUCAGCGGUUAUGCCAGAAAAUAACCACAAAGCUCAUUAUUCUGUGUCAAAAGAACUAAAUGGUUUCGAGGGAUCUCCAAAAAGAUUAGAAGCCAAUUACCUGCCUACUGCAGAGAAUAAUACAAAACAAACAAUUUCGAAGCUGUCUAGGCGUGUAGAUCCAUGUCUUUGGUGGUUCCGGUCAGUGAAUUUGAAGUUUGGGAAUGUUCGAGUGGUGGUAACAAAUGGGAAAAUUCUCCUUGGAUUUCUCUUCCUUCUUACAUAUUAUGUUCUCCGGAGGAAAGGGGCUACAUUGAAUGGACUUGUCAGGAGGCAAGUUUCGGCUGCAAAGAAGGCUAUGGUAGACUUGUGGCAGCUUGCAUUUUCAUAUCAAGUGAACCCUCUAGCUGCGGUUCAACCUCUCCCUACUGCAACACGAGGCGGCCGGUGAUGGCACCAUUUUUCGAAUAAUGCUUAUGAUUCUCUCCUUGUGGAGCUAAUUCACGUUCUGUCAUUCAUAUGGGGGAACCGUGAAGUAGCUCAAAUUAAAUUGCAAAUACGUGUUCGAUUAUCUAGAACAUUCGUAUCAAUCACAUAAUAAUGAUGUGUAACCAAUGAUACCAUUACAACGUUGGACUCCUUUGUUCUUCCUCUUCCCUUUUAGAAAUUGGAUAUGCUAUGCUUGGCGUACAA